UCGACACAAUGGAUUCUUCUUUCCAUUUAUCUAUUUAAUAUUAAGUAAUUAACGUUUCCACAAAGUAUAGUAGAUGGUUAAUGUGUAAGAAACCCAUGGUAAUAAUUUCUGGUUUAUUGAGGUGUAAAGACGACUAAUAAGUAAUCUUUGCUUUGUUUAUUUCAAUGUUCUAGAAAACCUUUACAGGAGUGUUGAUGUAGGCAGACUGUAGUGUACUUCUCAAUGACAUUAUUUCCCCACAUUAGACUGAUUUUGUGAGUGUCUAACCAUAAUUUCAUCCCUUUAUCUGAAUGAGAGAGACCGUUUAACCGAUUUCUUGACAAUAAUUUUGGAAUAUUUUAGAACAUGCCAACAAGAAGGAAAAUGAAGCAAAUGAAGAGCCCAGAAGAGGAGGACCGCGAGCCCACCCCAGAACGGUUACAACUUACCUUUGACGUGUCUGACACCACUUCAGAACUAGUGCAAAAGGGUGCAAGUGAGACUGAAAGUGAUGAGAGUGAAGAUCAGGAGGAGGAGGAAGAGGAGCAAGAAGUAGAACAGGAGGAGGAGGAAGAGGUAAAACAGGAGAAGGAAGAAGAACAGGAGGAGGAGGACGACAUGGUGAAGCAAAAGGUAGCCAUUCCAGCCAAGAAGAAAAACAAGCCUACCAAGACUUUGGAAAAUAAGGUGGCGACCAGAACAGUUAGCACCAAAGUCCCCUCCAUCUAUGAUAUUGUCUUGGCUGCCAUCGCCUCCAGCACUGACAAGAAAGGGAUAACCAUCAUUGGUAUCAAGAAAUAUAUUUUGGUUAACUACCCAGAGAAGGAGUGGAGCAGAACAAACACCUUAAUGAAGAAAGCACUGAUGAAGGGGCUUGAAAACAGGUCCAUCUUGCGUGUCAAAGACAGUAGCGAGUCUCUUGGUAUAAAGGGUUGGUUCAAGAUAAAUAAAAUUGUUUCCCAAACUGUGGAAAAGAAAGCUGUGAUCUCAAGCGACACUUCAACCAAAUAUUCAUCCCAGGGCGCCAAGGCAAAGAAAAUGGCCACACGUGUACCAGAGAAGGCUAAAGGGAAAACUAAGAAAGUAGCAGAAAAAAACAACGUGGCAAAACCCAAGCCACAGAAGGUAAACGAGCAAGUUAAGCUCUUGGGGAAGAACACCCAAGCCGGAAAAAAAAGCAAAACGGAAAUACCCAAGCCACAGAAGUCAACUCGCCAAUUUAAGCUUUUCGGGAAGAAAACCCAAGAUAAGGAGAAUGAGGUAUCAGAAAUGCAGGGGAAACCAAGGGUGGGCAGCAGGAAGAUGCCCAGGCUCUCAAUUGGCAAGAAGACUUCAGGUACAGCUAAAAAUUCCCUCAGGUCCAUCACCAACACAAAACAAAACAAAUUAGAUUAGAGUCUUUCACCCUGAAUGGUUUUCAUCAGCUGGAUAGUAUAAACCUUUCUUAUAAUUUACGUAUAUAAUGUUAAGAACUUCCUCAAUUUACAAUUACUGUACAGUAUCUACCUUUUUUUAUAACACGUAACCACAUUACUGUACCCGUUACAUCAAAAGAAAGUUAACGUUAAAUAUGUUUGAAGUAGUGUGGGUGCCUAUGUAACUAUUUACGAGGCACGUGAAUAUUUUGAAACCUGCUCUACACUUCAACUAAACUGUCCAUUUAUUUCAUGCAAUUUUUUCCGACCCUGUAUUGAGGUAUAAUAGGAAUGUAAUAUGGACUUGUAUCGGGGAAAUAGGAUGAAUAUUGUGCUUAUUGUAUCCUGUUGAUUCAUUAUAAGGCAAUGCUACUGUACUGGUCCGAUAGAUUUGGUCAUAGAUACUCGAGUGUGUUCGUGUGUCUUGUGUUAAUUAGUCAUUGUUCCAUCUCUUAUCUUAUUCUCCGAGUGCUUCAUGUGUCUCGUUUAAAUUUUAUUUAAUGUUUUAGUUGAGAAUUUAUCUUUUUUAGGUUACUGAAGAAUUUAUCUUUUUUAGGUUACUGAAGAAUUUAUCUUGAUUAAUUGAAGCACUUUUUUAUAUACAAUCCAAAGGAAAUAUUAGCAAAAGUUAUUAUUGCUUCAUUUAACCACUGUGUUUUUUGUUUUUUAUUUAGUUAUUAAAGGAUUUUAAUUUUUA